UUCUUUCCGUCUCUUCCCUUCCAUUCCAUCAUAUAAUUACAAGCACACACAUUCACAUUCAGUCAUUCACAUACAAUGCCCCUUGUACGCCAGCGCCGCCACCUCAACCUCCGCCUCCCGGAGCCCUCCGUCCCUAAGCCCCUGCCCCUGCCCCCCUCCUCCACCGCCAUUGCCCCCGCCGACCUCGAAAAGCUCCAGGUCCUCGGCCAUGGCAACGGCGGCACCGUCUACAAGGUCCGCCACAAGCGCACCGGCGCGGUCUACGCCCUCAAGGUGGUCCACGGCGACACUGACGGCGCCAGCCGACAGGAGGUCCGGCGAGAGAUGGAGAUCCUCCAGCGGACGGAGUCCCCCCACGUGGUGGAAUACCACGGGUUCUUCGAGAAACCCUCCGGUGACGUGGCCAUCCUGAUGGAGUACAUGGAAGUGGGGACGCUGGAAACGCUCCUCAAGAGCAGCGGCACCUUCUCGGAGCCCCAGGUGGCGAGCGUGGCGCGUGAGGUUCUGAGCGGCCUCAGCUACCUCCACGCGCACAAGAUCAUCCACCGCGACAUCAAGCCCUCCAACCUUCUGGUGAACCGCAAGAUGGAGGUGAAGAUCGGAGACUUCGGCGUGAGUAAGGUGAUGUGUCGCACGCUCGACGCCUGCAACUCGUACGUGGGAACCUGUGCCUACAUGAGCCCCGAGCGCUUCGACCCCGAUUCCUAUGGCGGCAACUACAACGGCUAUGCGUCUGAUAUUUGGAGCUUGGGCCUCACCCUCUUCGAGCUUUAUGUGGGCCACUUCCCCUUCCUUCCCAUGGGCCAGAGCCCCGAUUGGCCCACCCUUAUGUGCGCCAUUUGUUUUGGGGACCCACCUACUUUGCCCCAAACUGCUUCCCAACACUUUCGAAGCUUCAUUUCUUCUUGUCUCAUUAAGGACUCCACUCAGCGGUGGACGGCGUCCCAGCUCUUGUCCCACCCAUUUCUCGCUACUACUUAGCUUACUACUUGUACAAAUUACCAUAUCACCUUUUGCCUUCUCUAUCAAUUACUUAAUCCCACCCAUCAUUUCGCCACAUCAUUCUCUUAUCUCAAUCUUUUUCUUUCUUUUUUUUUUUUUUUUUAAAUUUA